AUGGUAGAAAAUAAUAAUAGUAAUGAUUCAAUUUUAAUAAUAAAUAAAGAAGAAAAAGUAUCAGUAAAAGAUGAAAAAGUGGAAAUAUCAAAUGAAAAAACAGAAAAUCGAGUCCACAUGUUAAGUUUAACAACAGUUAUGAUAAUUGGAUUUGUGGCAAAUGUUGAAUAUGGUAUUGUAAUGCCAUCAUUAUUAAAAUAUUUAGAAUCAAUCAAUGGUAAUAGUAAUUCAUUGGGGUGGGCAUUAGCAGUAUUUUCAAUAGCACAAGUUUGUUUUUUACCAAUUGUUGGAAUUUGGGCAGACAAAAGAACAAUGAAAGAAAGUUUUAUAGCAAGUUUAAUAGUUGGUGUAAUUGGUAAUAUAGUUUAUGCAAUGGCAAUCGAUCCAUAUAUGGUGAUUGCAGGUCGUUUCAUAGCAGGUAUCGGUAGUAGUAAUAUGGCAUUAACCAAUAGUUACAUUGCAGCAGUCAGUACCAAAGAGCAAAGAACCAAAUUUAUGGGUAUAAUCAAUGGUAUCAAUGCAUUUGGUUUAGUUGCAGGUCCAGCAUUUAAUCUUGGUAUUGGUGAAGUUAAUUUCAAUUUUUGGAUUGGUAAAGUUCAUUUCAUUUUCGAUCCAUUAAGAACACCAGGUUGGUUAUUAGCAUUAUUUUUAUUCUUAAUUUUAUUAUCAUUCAUUGGAUUCAGAGAACCAACUCCAAUAAUUGAUAAUCAAGAUAAUAAUCAAACUAAUAUUGAUCAAGUAUCUAAAAUUGAUAUAAAUGAAAAACAACAACAUAUUUCAUCAUCUAAAUUUAAAAGUAAUGAAAAAGCACCAUUAUUACAUAAAAGUACAAGCCAUCCACAUGCAUUAGAUAAAUAUUCAGAAGUUACAUUGGGUGGAGACUAUAAGCAUAGUAUAAAUCAACAAUAUUCAACAUAUAGUAAAUAUCCAACAUUUGGAGAGGAAGGAUCAUUAACAUAUAGAAUGGUUAAUCCAAAAGGUUUAAAUGGAAAUGGUGGUGAAUCAUUAUCAACUACCAUGAUUACACCACAAUCAUCAUUUCAACAUUUUUCAAGUAAAAAAUUUUCAAAAUAUCAAACCUCUUCAUCAAAUGGUGGUUCAAUUCAUCAAUCAAGAUUAUUUGGUGCUGAUCAAAAGAAAAAAGAACCAACAUUUUUAGAAAAUUUAAAAAAGAUAUUAAAUGCAUCACUAUUGACAUGUUUUGUAAUUAAUUUUGUGCAAAAUUUUGUAUUUGGUUCACUUGAAACUUUAAUUACACCAAUCACUCAACAACAGUAUGGUUUUGGUACAAUUCAAAAUAGUAUUAUGUAUAGUUUGGUGUCAUUGGAAAUCAUAGUUUUCAUUAUUGUUACAGUUAUAUUCACAGGUAAAGGUGGACAAGAUAAACAUGCAAUCAUGUUUGGUAUGUUAUUCAUUGGUGCUGGUUUAAUAUUGAUGAUGUUCUUCUUUGGACUUGGUUUGGCAACUGAUAGUGUACCAAUGUGGAAAUUCAUUUUAUCGGUUGCAAUCACUACUGUUGGUAUUCCAACUCAAAAUACUUCAGUCUAUAGUCUUUAUUCUAAACUAUUGAAUAGAAUCUAUGGUGAAGAAGAAUCUCAAGGUUUCCUAAGUGGUUGUAUGAUGAUUAUGGGUAGUCUUGCUAGAAUUCUUGGUCCGCUUUGGGCUGGUUAUGGUUUAUCAAUGAUAAGACGUCUACCACUUUUCAUUGUAUUAAUUUCAAUGUGGGUUUUCGAUAUGGGUAUAGUUUUAUUAUUCUGGAAGAAAUUAACUUUUAAAUUUGAUCCAAAUUCAAAACCAAUUAUAGUUUCUCAUUAA